UCUAGAUUCUAGAACUUGACUAAAUGUAAAAACUACUCUAAUAAGAUAGAUUUGUAAAAUAAUACAAGUAAUAAUCAUAAGUAAUUAUCGGCAAAAUGGGGAAAAUUGAUGAAUUGAACGGUGGUUUUCAUAAACGUCACGAGCCUGGAAUGACGAAAGAAACUCUAAAAGAAAUAUGCAAAGAAAAUAAAUUGUACUUUAUCCCUAGUCACAAUGAUGUACUGUAUCUUCAUUUUAGAGGAUUUUCAAAGAUUGAAAACUUGGAAGAAUAUACUGGGCUAAAAUGUCUGUGGUUAGAAAACAAUUGCUUAACGAACAUUUCUGGACUCGACAAUCAAACAAAGCUCGUCGGUUUAUACAUGCACAACAACGCGAUCUCCAAAAUCGAAAAUCUCGAUUUCUUGAUCAAACUGAACACGAUAAAUUUGAGCCAUAAUUUCGUUAAAAUUAUUGAAAACUUAGAUCACUUGCAAGACCUGAAUUCUUUGAUUAUAUCUCACAACAAGCUUUCUACAGCAAGCGACAUUGCUCAUUUGGCCAACUGUAAAACCUUGUCUAUACUCGAUCUUUCAUUCAAUUACUUAGAUGAUCCAGAAAUCAUUGAUGUAUUUACCAACAUGGAAUCUUUGCGCGUUUUGUCUUUAACUGGAAAUAGUGUAAUUUCGAAGAUAAAAAACUAUCGGAAAACAUUAACUAUAAAAUGUAAAGAACUUCGUAAUCUGGACGAGAGGCCAAUAUUCAAAAAGGACCGCUUGUGUGCAGAAGCUUGGAGUACGGGUGGUAUCGAAGCGGAACAAGCCAUGAGAACUAAAUUAAACGAAAUCGAACAAAAAACCAUUUCGGAUUCCGUAAACGCACUAAUAAGUUUGCGCCGAAAUAGGAACGUACAAAUUACUCCAUCGGCCUCCGGAGACAGUGGCCAAGGGGAAGGUGUCGAUGUUUCCCAUCAUGAUUCUACGGCCAGUUUGAUCGUGUCCAAAGACUAUUACGAUGAAUGCGAUUCUUCAGACGACGAUUCCACCGACGACGGAUCGUCCAUCAAAGACGCAAGUACAUUGGUAAACGAAAUCGCCGAUAAUAACGACGCCGAAGACAACUCUGCAGCUGACGGUUCAGUUGAUCGUUCGGCACACGACAACGUUGUUGUUAAUAACGACGAAGGUUUAAGUGAAUUCGAGAGUGACGUCAUAAAUCAUUUGCGUCGAUUACCUGCAGGGGAACGGAGUGGCGGAAGCCAAGAAGACAGCGGUGGUCGCCACCCGAUCAUCGGUGUCUCAGACGAUGGUGUCGAAUCUGUAGAAAGAUUGAACGAAAAAUGUGAACAUUUCGUUGAAAACAAAGCCGACGAGUUUGCGAAUGACGCCGAGGUAAACAAUACUGAACCAUCUCUUGAACAGUAUACUGAUGGCCGUUUAUGUUCAAACGACUCGAACAAGCUGAUGAUUGAACGUACCGAAAAUAAAUUAGUUUAUGCAGAGAUAAAUUACGUGAAUGACGAACUAAAUACAGAUGAAAGUGGAAAACAAACGAAGACGAAUUUUGAUUUCAACGAGAAUAGUAGUCAAACGUAUGAUAAUAAUGUAAUAAAUAAUGAUCAUCGAAAUUUCGGCGGUUCAAUCGAAAUUAAUAACACAUUAUUAAAGGACAACGAUUCUGAAACGUACAAAAAUCUCGAUUUAAAUGAAAGACAAAGCUUCGAAAGUUUACCUUUAUUAUGUCCGGAGCAAACUAAUAACACUUCACAAAUCCUAUGCCCAAAAAGGUUGAAUACUCAUGACACAAUCGAUCAUGAUAAUGCUGACGAGGAAUCAAGUUUAACUAUUUUAACUGCAACUUGCGAAUCUGAUCGAAAUGAAAUCAAAGAAAUUCCUAUUAAACUCCCGUGGCUAUUGCCACCUCAAACAAAAGAAGAGUUUUAUAUCAAAAAAAGUUCUGAAUAAAAUCAUCAUUAACUGAAAAAAAUAUACACAUUUUUGUAAAGUAUACUAGAAUUAUAUUUCAUCUAGAGAUUCCAUUAAUUCUAUAGUCAUUAUAUUUAAUGUAAAAUGUUUUUUGAAAAGUUUUAAACCGCUAUUGAACAUGAGACAUUUG